UCUGUUUAUUUUAGCUCAGAUCAUGAAUUUAUGGAAGUUAGAAACCAAACAGCUGUGUCAGAAUUUGUUCUCCUGGGACUGACAGAUGAUCCGGAGCUGCAGCCCCUCAUCUUCAGCCUGUUCCUGUCCAUCUACCUGGUUACAAUUCUGAGUAAUCUGCUCAUCAUCCUGGCUGUCAGCUCUGACUCUCACCUCCACACUCCCAUGUACAACUUCCUCUCCAACCUGUCCCUUAAUGACAUCUGUUUAAGCACAACUACUGUCCCAAAGAUGCUGGUGAACAUCCAAACAGAGGAUCAGAACAUCACCUACACAGGAUGCCUUACUCAGAUUUGUUUAGUCUUGGUUUUUGGUGCUUUUGAAAGUUGUCUCCUUGCAGCAAUGGCCUAUGACCGCUAUGUGGCCAUCUGCCAUCCACUUAGGUAUGCAGUCAUCAUGAGCACCCGCAUGUGUGUAUUACUGACUCUCUCCUUUUUCAUUAGCAUCGUGGAUGGAGUGCUCCAUAGCCUGAUGAUCCUAAGUCUGUCCUUCUGUGCAAAGUUGCAAAUCCCACACUUCUUCUGUGAAUUUGCACAGAUCAUCAGGCUCACAUGUUCUGACACUUUAGUUGAUAACAUAGUAAUAUAUGUGGCAGCUUGCAUCUUUGGUGGUGUUGCUGUGUUUGGAAUCAUGCUUUCUAAUAUUCACAUUGUGUCAUCUAUCUUGAGAAUGCCAUCAUCAGAAGGAAAGUAUAGAGCCUUUUCUACCUGUGGCUCUCAUCUCUUAGUUGUCACCUUAUUCUAUGGGACAGGUUCGGGAGUAUACAUUAGUUCUUUAAUAACUGACUCAUCCAAAAAGGCUGCAGUAGCUUCAGUGAUGUAUUCUGUGGUCCCUCAAAUGAUGAAUCCCUUCAUCUAUAGUCUGAGGAAUGGAGAUAUGAAGAAAGCUUUGUGGAAACUUAUUAAUAGGAUAGCUUCUCUUCUGCAAUAUGACAGUAGUCCAAACCUGUGGGUGUUGGGCAGAUCAAAAUAA